ACAAACAACACAUAACAAAAAUCAAACCAAAGCAAAUUAAGCUGCUAGUGCUGCCAUGAAUAAAGAUGAAUCAAAGGGAAGGACCAACAAUGAUGGCGGAAAUGUCCGAUACCGAGGCGUCCGCUGUCGACCGUGGGGGAAGUUUGCGGCCGAGAUUCGCGACUCGAACAGGCAGGGUCAGAGGGUGUGGCUAGGAACAUUCAACACUGCUGAGGAAGCUGCUAGAGCUUAUGAUAGAGCUGCUUAUGAUAUGAGAGGUUCAUUUGCAAUCCUUAAUUUCCCACAUGAAUACAAUAUGGGUGCCGGUUCGGGAUCAGGUUCCGGUGCCGCUUCUUCUUCCUCUUCAAGGAAUGCAAAUGUGGAUGGCAGAGGAAGACAAGUGUUUGAAUUUGAGUACUUAGAUGAUAAGUUGCUGGAGGAGCUUCUUGAUUUUGAAGAGAAGAAAAAAUAAAGGAACUUGAAAAGCUAUUAUUGUAAUGUUACUGGCUAAGGUUUAAAAAAAAGGUGGUGAUCACAUUUGUCGCGGCCGUUUUCUCAGUCGUGGACGUUUUUUAAAACCUUGCUACUAUAGCUAGUAACUAUGCACAUGUGUGUAAUUCCCCAGUGAGUUUAUAUGGUGAUUUAUUAAAGUCUAAAUCAUAACUAAGUUUCUGAAUAUUGGUGGAAAUUAAUAUUCAUGUAAUUUUUAAGUAAUAAGAGUGCAUUAUUGAUUGAAGGAGUUAAUGGAUCAAACACUGAUCUCUUGUUGUUUUGAGUUUGUAACUUGUAACUUUGAUGUUAGACUCUGUUUCCAUGUACUGUAGAAUCCGCAGAUAAUACAAAAUU